ACUAUUAUGUGACAGUUACGCGCAUUAAGAAGCUGUUCUAGCCCCAUUCACGCCAUUCACAUGCACUAAACAGACGGUAUAAUUUAUCAUCGGUAGGCCUAUAUCUAUUCAGUGCUUCCAUAAUAUGGUUAACUUCUGAUUAAUUCAGGACUGGUUAAAUGUGUAUAGGCUACCCUGAGUUUCAUGCCUUUUGGGAGAUUAAAAAAUGUGAAACUUGUCUGUUUGGACUUGUGUAGGCCCCCUAUAGGGUCUAUGGCUGGAUUCAGAACAUAUGGUCCACGGACUAACUGAUCCACGGACUAAAUAAGGCCGAUCCACUUAAAAGCAAUCAUUUUCAGGGAAUUCAGUCAGUUUAUAUUCGUUGCCUAACUGCCAGGGUCUUGAACGUGUAUGUGUAGCCUACGUGUGACGUAGAUCUAUAAAGGUAGUUUUGUGACUACGUCACGGUUUUUGACAAUUCUCGUGAGUCCUGUUACUUCUCGCGGAUCAACUGUGUACACGGCGUAGUUAACUGUCUUAACUCUCUUCCGUCAACUGUAACGAAUAGAUUGAGGGAUGUCACUAAAAGAUGUCAUCGCGGACGACACUAUUCACCUCGUCCCUGCACUGGUCGUUUGACAUUUGACACAAAACGGGAGUAGAGAAUGGAGCCCGGUAUCAUGGUUGUCACUGUUCCCGAGCAGACGGUAUCCUCUCCCGGAGGCCAUCUUCAGUAUCUCCGCUCUGUUCCUGGGAUUAUUCGGACAACAGAACUGGUUUUAUCUGUCCUGCUGUUGAUAUGUACACUGGUGGUGGUACACGGAGUGGCGUUCCAGGUGGGGUACUUCAGGAGUAUGGUGUAUGUGGAGUUCGUAACUGUGAUGUCCAUAAUUCUCAUCGCUGUAUUGUGCAUCAUUAAUGUGACUCGCCUAAAGGCUAAGAUUGCUAUAUGGCCAGCACUGGAGUUCAUCAUCUGUGGCAUUCUCUUCUUAAGCUGGCUCGUCGCGUUCCUGAUCGCUUGUGUGGAGGCUGCCAAGUACCCAUUCCCCCAGCCUGGCUGGAACUAUGCCGCAAGAAUUGCUACAGCGAUAUUUACAGCAUUCAUCACCGCCAUUUUGAUUGUUGACGUCAUCGUCUUGUUUAUGGCGUGCAGAGGACGCCCUAUCUUCCAAGCAGCGGUGUAGAAGGAUUUUUA